GGAGGAAGUCUGUCGGAGCCGCGACCGUCGCUCGCUGUUCGGACCUGUUGCUGUUCGGUUUUCCUCCCGCAGUGUUCAGCAUCCAUGAGGUGAAGGGCAAACACUGAGGUUCCAGCAGCGGAAAAGUAGCUGUCAGUGAUGUCCAGAUCUUAGACACAGACUGGACCUCCCUGCCAUCAUGGAUUCCAAGAAGCCGGGCGUGCUGCGGCAUCUCCGGCAGAAGAUGCUGCCACACCUCCGACGAGGCAAGACAAGCUCAAGCAAGCAGGCCUUCCAGCCUGAUCACUCCAUGGACCAUCGAAUGAGCUCCUCUGUUCCCGACAUGAGGAACAUGAGGGACACAAGGGACACAAGGCAGGAGUACACUCAUAUCCCUUUCACCACGCAACUUCAGCAGUACCACGCUCCCAGCUACAGCAACCCCUCCACACCACUUGUCAAGCCAGCUAGACUGCUGGUAGGAGGUGGGAGUGGCCUGAACAUGGGAGUAGCUGGUGAAGGAGCUGGGAGGAGUGAGCACAGAUUGACAGUGCCUGCAGACUGCACAGACUGGGCUUCCUCCCAGGAGUCUUUCAGCAGUCUCUGUGGAGAGGAGCAGAGCCCUGUGGAGACAAACAACAGACCUGUUCGAGGCAUGGAGGCUGAGGAGCUGGCUCUACCAGAGAUGAUGACAAUCUACAGCGCAGACAACCCUUCUGUGGAGGUUCCCCAGGACAGCUCACAGAGUGAGAUGGGCAACGAGACUGUUGGUGUGUCGGAGCACAUCAGAGAUCCUCCCAGGUCCUUCCUGCUCACCAUCAACCUGAAGGAAGGACACAACCUGGUCAUCAGGGACCGCUGUGGUACCAGUGACCCUUAUGUAAAAUUCAAAUUGGAUGGAAAAACAUUCUACAAAAGCAAAGUGGUUUAUAAAAACCUUAACCCUAUAUGGAAUGAGUCCUUCUCUUUGCCUGUGAAGGAUCUGAAUCAGAAAGUUUACAUUAAGGUGUAUGACCGCGACCUGACAACUGAUGACUUCAUGGGCUCUGCCAGUGUCCUCCUGAGUAAUCUAGAGUUUGACAAGGUCAAUGAGCUGUCUUUGCCCUUGGACGACCCAAACAGCUUGGAGGAGGACAUGGGCGUUGUGCUGGUGGACAUGAGCCUGUCACUCAGAGAUGGAGAGAGCAAAAGAAGCAAUCAGAAGUGGCCCCAAAAACGAAAACUAAGUACUAGGACGGGAGGGACUCAAAGCUUUCGAUUGUCAGAAACCCUGAGAAAGAGUCAGCUGUGGACUUCUGUUGUGUCAGUGACACUGGUUGAGGGUCAGGAGCUGCCUCUGGACACCCACGGAGGUCAGCUCUUCGUUCGCUUCAGACUGGGAGAGCAGCGAUACAAAAGCAAGAAUCACUGCAAAGUGUCAAACCCUCAGUGGAGAGAGAGGUUCACCUUUAACCAGUUCAUGGACAGUCCAGAAAUCCUGGAGGUGGAGCUCUGGUCAAAGGAGGGACGAAGGAGUGAGGAGUGCUUGGGGACGUGUAAAGUGGACGUGUCCAGAGUCCCUGUCAAUCAGAGGCAGCUGAUCACACAUACACUGGACCAGGGUAGAGGACGUUUGGUCCUUUUGCUCACACUGAACACAUGCAGCGGCGUCUCCAUCUCAGACCUGUGUGCCGCACCGCUCGAUGAACCACACGAACGACAGAACCAGCUGGACAACUAUAGUUUUCAAAGGUCCCUGAAGAACUUCCGUGAUGUUGGUUUCCUUCAAGUCAAAGUUAUCAAAGCUGCAGAUCUGCUGGCUGCUGAUUUAAAUGGCAAGAGUGACCCUUUCUGUGUGCUGGAAGUCGGGAACGACAGACUACAAACCCACACAGUCUAUAAGAGCCUCUAUCCAGAGUGGAAUAAAGUCUUCACAUUUCCUGUCAAAGACAUUCAUGAUGUUCUGGUGGUGACUAUCUUUGAUGAGGAUGGAGACAAGGCGCCAGACUUCCUGGGAAAAGUUGCCAUUCCCCUGCUUUCGAUCCAUGGGGGACAACAGAUCGCCUUCCCACUGAAGAAAGUGGACUUAGGUGGGCUGUCAAAGGGGAGCAUCACUCUGGAGCUGGAGGUUAUUUUUAACCCUGUCAGAGCAAGUAUAAGAACCUUCCAGCCAAGGGAGAGAAUGUUCGUGGAAGAUAAUCCCAAAUUUUCCAAAAAGGCUCUGGCCAGGAACGUGCAGCGUGUUCAGACACUGUACAGGGCUAUCACUUCGACUCUGCAGUACAUCAAAAGCUGCUUCCAGUGGGAGAGUAUUCAGAGGAGCCUGCUAGCCUUCCUGAUAUUUGUGGUAACUGUGUGGCACUGGGAGUUUUACAUGCUGCCCUUCUUCCUGGUUCUGCUCAUCUCAUGGAACUACCUCCAGAUCCGCUCGGGGCGUGUCAGUCAGGACAUGGACAGCAUGGAUUUGGCAGAUGAGGAGGACGAUGAGAAGGAGUCGGAGAGAAAAGGGCUGAUAGAGAAAUUCCACAUGGUCCAAGACAGCCUUAUCACCCUUCAGAACCUGCUGGAUGAGAUAGCGUGUUUGGGGGAGAGGAUUAAAAACACAUUCAACUGGUCGGUGCCGUUUUUGUCUGGCCUGGCUUUCCUGAUCUUUGUCAUCGCAGCUAUCCUCACAUACUACAUCCCUGUACGCUAUAUAGUUUUAAUAUGGGGUAUCAAUAAAUUCACCAAGAAAUUACGGAACCCAUACAGCAUUGACAACAAUGAAGUGCUUGAUUUCCUGUCGAGGGUGCCUUCAGAUGUGCAGAAGGUUCAGUACAGUGAGCUGAGAGGCAGCAAAAAGAAGAAAGUCUCGUAGAGCAUUCUGUAAAAGGACAACGGUUUAUAUACUGGACCUGCUGUCUGUGGGCUUCCUACCUAAAAACACUUUCCAGAGGAUGGAGAACGUGCCGGAGCUCUGCUCGGUCUUGCUUUGUGUCGGAGUCACGGCGUUCAGCAGGCAUGAAUCUUAAUUCACCGUGUUGAUGCAAAGCUCAGCCCUGCUCAUGUCGACCAGCACCUAAAUAUCUUUCAACCAAAGAAGUCCUUACUGAGGAUUCUACAGUGAUUACUUUAUCAGAUAUAUAGCUGUCUGUCUGUGUCUGGAGCAUUUUGUAUCAAUAAUUCCAAAGAUUUUAAGUGUGUAAUUCAAUGUACAUUCAACUCUUUAACAUUAUCAAUCAGAAGCUGCUUUGUUUUAUAUUCUCGACCGCAGGUUGUGUCCUCCUGAAACCAGCCAAAAUAUCACUUUGAAUGUAUUUGUUUGAUAUAUUUUUACAUGACACAUAUGUAAACUUUUACUUGAAAAUGAAUUAUUCUCUAUUUUUAAAAUAUAUGAUUGCUACUGGGAUAAAAGUAAAUGUAAUUCUAUGGUUCUUAAAACAGUAUGAGUUGUUAUAAGGCAUUUUUAAGUGCAAGAUCUUUGUGAUUUCAAAUACUAAUGGUGAUUUCAGGCAGAAAUUUUCUAAAUUUAGCCUCAUAAGUCCAUAUAUAGCAAUAUGUCAAAAGUUAAGAGCAGAUAUUAUGCAUCAUAUUCCGUUAUUUCACAUAUUUACCUGAAACAGAUAAAUAACGACAUGCUUGCAAUAAUGACUAGUUUUAUUUCUACAUGACAAUAAGGACUUGUUUUUAACAUGCAAAGAUGAGUGCCUGCAUGCAGAUCUUAGAUUGCUUUUGCACUGUGUAUUUUACUUCUCAUGUGAAUAAGAUCGGACCGCUUCUCUACACUUUAUUUAUUAUUGACAAUCACUGAUGAAGAUUUUGUGUCCUUCAUUUCUAAUAGCAAUAAAUGCGCCCUCAAACACUGUGUGGCAUUUUUAAUCGGC